AUGGCAAAGCCCCGCCUCAUCAUUCUUAUCAGGCACGCUCAGUCGGAAGGAAACAAGAAGCGCGAGAUACACCAGACAAUUCCCGACCACCGUGUCAAACUGACCCAGGAUGGCUGGCAACAAGCCUACGAAGCCGGACGCCGCCUGCGUUCCAUGCUGCGCGCCGAUGACACGCUACAAUUCUUCACUUCGCCCUACCGCCGAACCCGAGAGACUACCGAGGGCAUCCUAGCCACUCUGACCGCCGACGAGCCCGACCCAUCACCCUUCAAGCGGGAGAAGAUCAAGGUGUACGAGGAGCCGAGGCUGCGCGAGCAAGACUUUGGCAACUUCCAGCCAUGUAGCGCCGAGAUGGAGCGCAUGUGGCAGGAGCGCGCCGACUAUGGCCACUUCUUCUACCGCAUCCCGAACGGCGAGAGCGCUGCCGACGCCUACGACCGGGUCAGCGGUUUCAACGAGAGCUUGUGGCGCCAGUUUGGCGAUGAAGACUUUGCGAGCGUCUGCGUCCUCGUGACUCACGGCCUCAUGUCGCGGGUCUUCCUCAUGAAAUGGUACCACUUCAGCGUCGAGUACUUUGAGGAUCUACGCAACGUGAACCACUGCGAGUUCCUCAUUAUGCGCCAGCGAGAAGGCACUGGGAAGUAUGACCUCGAGAACAAACUUCGAACCUGGUCCGAGCUGCGUAGAGAGCGUGCUCAGCACCAAAAGGAGAAGGAAAAGGAGAGGGUAGAGGCGAAAGAUGCCGCCAGUGGCAACGCUGUGGUCGCGGCUAGGAGCAUCAACGGCAGUACUAGCGUCAAGUCUACGGCGCCCUCGUCCUCAACGGCAUCACCUCGCCGCUGGGGCGGAUGUCCAAACGGCUGCAACCAUGACAAAAACUUCAAGAUUCGAUCCGCAUUGGCAGACCUUAUCCAGCAGGACGGUACCAACGUGUAUGACAACCCAACGCCGGCCACCAGCGUUCACUCCGGCCAAGAAUCGGUCAAGAAUGGAACAGAGGAGCAUGGCUCGACGGCCUCGGAAGCCGACGUGUACCUCAACAAGAAAAAGCUCUUGACAAGCUCGUCGUCAACUUCCCUAUCAUCCACAUCCAUCGUCAGUCGAAGACCCAACGCACCUCGCCGCUUUCAAUCUGGCGGCAGUGGAGAUGCAUCAGCCGCAGAUGCGAGCGUGGCCCCUCUCGUGAUAGAGCCAGCCAUCGACAUCGAUCGCGCACGUGAUGAGGUUGUCAGCUCACCCGAUGGCACGCCAUCCUUCAUCUCGGUCGAUGAUCGUCUACGCUCGCAGGUUGAGUCGCCCAACAACAAACCACCGUUCCUGCAUGUCGGCCGCGAUUUCGGCGGUACCUAUAGCGGCCACACCAGCGACGCCGACUCGUCCGAGGAUGAGACCGCUCGCAGCCGCAUUGCCCGUGCUAAGCUUAAGUCGCAGAAGACUUCCAACCUGUCAGCAACGCUUACUGUGGACUCACGAACCAAGGCCGGAGCAUCCACGCUAGACGGAGCAGCCGAUGGUGACAAGUCCUGUUGUCGUCACGUGAAGGCAAACGCCGACUCGGCCGCCACCACUACGACUACGAUUGGCAACGGGACUAAUGGCACCAAGGAAACCAAGAACGGCGACAAGCGCGACCGGAGCAUCAUGGGCCGUGGUGCCUAUGCCAACAGGCUCGGGGAUGCGCCGCACUGCGACCACCACCAGCACGAUCACGACCACAGCGACCCAGACUUGCAGGACAAGCAACAGGACACCGAGACUUCUGACAGCGAUCAUAACAGGACCACACAGGACUGGGAUGGCGACGAGGUCGACGCGGAGCCGGAAGAGGGCCAACAUCUCCGGAGGACUCUGACUCAGGCCGAAAAGGAUGACAAGAGUCUCCGUGGCAGCGUAUACUGA